UGUUUUAAAUUCGGGUGUGUUUUGCUCUUCGUUCCGGGUUAUUGUGGUGCAAUUUAACAAGAAAAAGCUGAAAUAAUUUUGAAAUAUCACUAAGAAUACGGUUGACUGGUGCCUGUCGAGAUGGAGGUGAAUGCAAGCAAGCUGCGGCUUGGGGCAAAACGAUUGCUGCAGUUGACUGAACAUGAGUCUGAAGACAACGUGUUUUCACAAAGCUUACAGAAGUUUAUCAAAAAGCAGAAAUAUGUGUCUCAGGAUGUGGAGCGACUGUUUCGAACACUAAGCGAGCAGUUGCCUGUGCCCGCUUACACAGUGCCAGUGGCUGUGAGUUUCGAAGAGCAGCUCCUCCUGUUGCUUUCGAUGGCACUCCGUUGGGAUUCCGCUGACCAAAGUUUUCGUCAGUAUCAACUAGAGUGCGUAGCGCUGGCCAAGCUUUUGGAUUGCUCCCUAGAUGCACAGAGGUUUGCCAAAAGUUAUUUCCACGACAAGCCACCUCCAUUUGAGAAACAAAUCAAUGAUACCGUACCCAGUAAAAAGUUAAAGAAUGGCACUCAAACCGCCGAUCUAGAGGAACUGGACCUCAUUACAUGCUGCUAUCAAUUGCUAAAAUGUGAUACACCUUAUUUCCGCGAGCUGUGGGACUGGUCCAGCUUUAUAGCGAGCUAUGCACAAAAUUCAUUAAGCCCGAAGACACAGAUUUACUGCAACCACAUCAUGGCUAUGCUGACCGACAUGAGUGCCCCCCAGCUAAAUGCAUUAAACGAGCAAAUAUCACCAAAAAUACGUCUGGAAUUCAACCAGGAGCAGGAGAACGCAUGGGCCUUAGCUAGGAGCUCUUCUCCAAAUUAUAAUACAGACGAUUCCGAUCAACUACUAAACCUGAAUCUGCAGGGAAUUAAUCAGGCUGUGACCAACAUCGAGGGUGUUCUUUUACCCACUUUUAACAAGGAGAACUUAGAGUUCUACGCUAACUCUGAUGGAUGCUAUGAUCGCAUUGUAAAGGUGGAUUCAACAGUGGUAAAUCUACGAAGUAUUGCCCUCGGAGUUGCAGCUACCAAGCCCAUAUGCCUAUCUGGACCCGUUGGCUGCGGCAAAACAACACUUAUUGAAUAUCUGGCUCGAAAAACUGGACGCAUUUGUCCGAAACCCAAUGAAAUUGAAAGUAGAGAAAAAGCUUUAAAGAAAGCUGAAGAGGAGGAGCAGCUGUUGACGCCGAAAAAGAAGCCAAAAACGACAGCGAGCAAGAGAAAACUGGAGGAGAUACCUCUGGAAGAAUUGCUAGAGUUGGGUGAGACUACCCAAAAGAAUGGAUUUUUACGUAUUCAACUUGGAGAUCAGACAGAUAGCAAAAUGCUACUUGGACAAUAUCGCUGUACAGAUGUGCCCGGCGAAUUCGUUUGGCUACCUGGCGUUCUGACCCAGGCCGUUAUGCAUGGCUACUGGUUAUUGCUGGAAGAUCUGGAUGCAGCCACUCAAGACACUUACACCAUUCUAAGUAGCCUCUUAGAACGCAAGUGCCUUAGCGUUCCCGGCUUUCGUGAUUCAGUGAAAAUAGAGCCAGGUUUUCAAUUGUUUGUCACAGUGCGAACCAACAAGUCUGCCAGCAACUCAAGCCAAAAAUCCCUCUACUCCCUGUUGGAUAAAUAUUUGUAUACCAUCAACAUUCUACCUCUUUCCCGUAAUGAACUGUGCAAAGUGGUUAGCACCAACUAUCCCAAGCUUUCUACAGUGGCCAAUCGGAUCGUGGAUGUGUUUCUAACCUUCUCCAGCGGCCAUCAUACAUCGGCAGAUAACUUAAGGCAACAGGAAUCAGGCGACAAAGCAGACAACACGGAGCAAUACGUGGCCCUUCCCUUUGAGCAAGUCUCUCUCACAUCGAGCCCCAAUUCUGGCCGAUUGGUGUCCACACGUGAUUUGGUGAAGCUGUGCCAACGCUCAAGUUCACAGUUUUCGGUGACCAGCUCGGAGUGCGCCUACUUUGUCUUCCAAAACGCAGUUGAUGUCUUCUGUUCAUAUCUGCCGCAAAGCAAGGAAAAGAUUACCCUUAUCACAAGCAUAGGAGCCAAGCUGGGCAUCAUUCGUUCUCGUUGCGAACAUUUCGCCAAUGAAUACAAACCAGAAGUGGAAUUUGGGCUAGAGCAAAUAAAAAUCGGAAGAGCUAGUCUCUUGGCUAAAUCGGAAAUUAAUGACAAGGAUAUUUCCGAACAGGACCUUAAGCGACAAAAAUUAUCCCAGCAAACAAGAAGGGCUAUUGGUAAAGUCGACGGAAAGCGAACGGUCUUUUCGUUUACUCGGCUCGCCAGCUGUAUCCUGGAGCGGAUUGCCGUGUGUGUCAGCCACUCGGAGCCUGUUCUUUUGGUUGGUGAAACUGGAGUGGGCAAGACCUCUUCAGUGCAAUAUUUGGCCGAGCGAACGGAACAUAAAUUGGUGGUAGUCAACAUGAACAACCAGUCGGAUGUAUCGGAUUUGGUUGGUGGAUUUAAGCCCGUGGAGUUUAACUACGUCUUAGCACCACUGCGAAUGGAAUUCGAGUAUCUUCUGUGCGAAACAUUUAAUGCGGAGAAGAACUUCCAGUUCCUGCGCUUGUUUGCCACACACUAUAACAGCGGUCGGCACAACGUAGUUGUCCGAACCAUGAUCAAUAUCUGUUUAUCUGUGGCCAAGAAUCCGGAACUGAAGAGAAAUAAGUUGCUUCCCCGCUGGCAAACUUUAAGAGAAAAGCUGCAAAAGCUUCAGAUGCAACUAGAAAAGAGCAUUAACAUCUCAUUCGCCUUCAUACCCGGAUCCCUGGUUAACUGUAUUAGCAACGGAGAUUGGGUACUGUUGGAUGAGAUUAAUUUAGCCUCGGCAGAGACAUUGGAAUGUCUCUCAACUAUCUUGGAACCAGAGGGCUCCGUGGUACUUUUGGAACGUGGUGAUUUUACGCCAGUUAAGCGACAUCCAAACUUCCGAAUCUUCGCCUGCAUGAAUCCUAACACGGAUAUUGGAAAGAAAGAUUUGCCCGUGGGCAUACGUAAUCGGUUCACGGAAUUCUUUGUGGAUGAACUGACAACGGAUGCAGAUUUAAAUUUGCUGAUCAGCGAUUAUUUGGUUAAUACAGGUAUUCAGAGGAAGUCCGUUCACAGCAUCGUUAAGCUAUACAAAUCCCUGAGAAAACUGUCCGAUCUUCAGUUGAAUGAUGGUCUAGGAAAUCGCCCGGUAUAUUCCCUGCGUACACUAUGUCGUAGUCUGCGCAUUUGUGCAAGGAAUUUGUGCGGCUCCAUCGAGCGAAAUCUUUACGAAAGUUUUUGCCUAAGUUUUCUUACCCAAUUGGAUCCAGAUUCGCAUCAUGUGGUGCUUCUCCUUAUACAGGAUGCAUUGCUGUCAAAUGUUAAAGCUAUUUUAAAUAAGCAGCUGCCCCAGUUAGGUGAAAACUACCUGGACUUCGAGGGCUACUGGAUUCAGCCGGGCAACUUGGAACCGCAGCCGUGCACGCACUACAUUCUUACAGAAAGUGUGAAAAAGAACCUUAAAGAUCUGGCUCGUAUCAUCUCGAUUGGAAAACUACCGAUUUUGCUUCAGGGUCCCACCAGUGCGGGAAAAACCAGUUUGAUUGACUACGUGGCUAGGAGGAGUGGAAAUCGCUGUCUGCGAAUCAACAAUCACGAGCACACUGAUCUUCAGGAGUAUAUUGGAACCUAUGCGGCAGAUUUAGAUGGAAAGUUAACCUUCAGGGAGGGAGUACUGGUGCAAGCCAUGCGACAUGGAUUCUGGAUUAUACUGGACGAGCUCAAUCUUGCGUCUACGGAUAUUCUAGAGGCUCUCAAUCGAGUUUUAGAUGAUAACAGGGAGCUAUACAUUGCGGAGACACAGACCUUGGUAAAGGCACAUCCCAACUUUAUGUUGUUCGCUACGCAGAAUCCUCCAGGGCUGUAUGGUGGAAGAAAGACCCUAUCCCGUGCCUUUAAAAAUCGUUUUAUAGAGCUCCACUUUGCUGACAUACCACGCGGAGAGUUGGAGAUAAUUCUGGAAAAGCGCUGCUUAAUUCCACCCACUUAUGCCCGGAAAAUGGUGCACUGUAUGACCCAAUUACAGCAACACCGUCAAAAUACCUCCAAACAAGUGUUCACUUUGCGUGAUCUCUUCCGGUGGGGAAACCGAUAUACCCACGCGGAUAAGUCCCUGCAUGAGGACAUCAAGUACGAUUGGAAUCAGCAUCUCGUGGAGGAGGGCUAUCUAGUUCUGUCCUCAAAAGUGCGUUCGCAGGAUGAACAUGAGCUGAUAGAGAAAACUCUUUUCGCCAACUUCCGAAAGAAGGUGGAUCUGCAGCUGCUUUUUGAUAUCCAAACGGAGAGAGAGAGCGCCUCAAUGGUGAGUAAGAAAAUCCUUGAUGCCAUUAGAAACUUUAAACUUCGUAGAGACAUUGUUUGGACGCGAAAUAUGACACGCAUGGCUGUGGUUACGGCAAAGGCUUUGGAGUUCGACGAACCAGUGUUAUUGGUUGGGCCCACGGGUUGUGGCAAGACCACAGUAUGUCAACUCCUUGCCAGCAUCGCGGAUGUCCAGCUGCGUAUCCUUAAUUGUCACAUGCACACCGAAGGAGCAGAUUUUCUGGGAGGAUUGCGCCCUUGUCGAGAAAAGGAUUCAACACAACUUUUCGAGUGGUCCGAUGGUCCGUUAAUAUACGCCAUGCAAGAAGGUUCUUAUUUCAUGGCCGAUGAGAUAUCCCUAGCCGAGGAUUCUGUGCUGGAGCGUUUGAACUGCAUCCUAGAACCAGAACGUACAGUAUUGUUGGCUGAAAAGGGUGGCGUUGCUGAUGCAAAUCCUGACUUUGUAGUUCAGGCCAAGUCAGGUUUCCAGUUCCUUGCCACUAUGAACCCCGGCGGAGAUUUUGGUAAGAAGGAGCUUUCGCCUGCCUUAAGAAAUCGAUUUACGGAGGUCUGGUGCUUGCCCUCUGAUAACAAAGAAGAUCUCAUUGAAAUUGCCUACAAUUGCAUGAAUCGUCAAAAAGAUCAUGAAAAGCAAGUGAUUAACACCCAUAAAGUGGCAGAGUACCUGGUCGAAAUCGUGCUUCACAUUCGCGAUGCCAAUGAGAAGUUUAAGUUCUCAGUGCGUGACAUUUUGGCCUGGGCUAAUUACAUGAUCAGCAAUGAAAAACUGAGUUUUGCAGAGCAGGCAAUCUUCGGCUUGGAAACUAUUUUUCUAGAUGCCCUGGAAAUGCUGCCCCAUGAAUCACAGGAACAGGUGGAGCUCCUUAAAUCCAGUAUAGUAAACGAGGCCAUCAAACAGGCGGGUCUUAUCCUAAAAGAAAAUUUUACCUUGGAUCAAGUUACUCAGGAGAGAGGAUGUGAAGUCCAAUUGGAUGAAAACCGAUUUGGUAUACGACCAUUUUUCAUAGAUGUUAACCAGGAUCGCUUGACGCCGGUUAAGGAAGAUUUCUUAUUCGAUGCUCCUACUACCAAGCAGAAUCUAUUCCGUUUGCUAUCCGCACUUUCCCUUCAAAAGCCAGUGCUCCUGGAGGGUCCACCGGGUGUGGGAAAAACGUCCAUUGUGGAGAGCAUAGCGGCUGCCAUUGGCUAUCAAAUUGUACGCAUUAAUCUUUGUGAACACACGGACUUGGCUGAUUUGUUUGGAACCGAUCUGCCCGCCGAAGAUAAUUUGCUAGAAGGAAAUACAGUGUCUUCUGGUCGACAGAUAGGCAGCUUUGUGUGGCGCGAUGGUCCACUUCUGGCCGCUUUGAAGGCAAAGAACACUUGGAUUCUACUGGACGAACUUAAUUUAGCCCCACAAUCCGUGCUAGAGGGUCUCAAUGCAGUGCUUGAUCAUCGUGGAGAAGUAUAUAUCCCGGAGUUGAACAAAACCUUCCAUUUGGCUGGCUCGACUCGCAUUUUUGCCUGCCAGAAUCCCCUAAAGCAAGGCGGUGGUCGCAAGGGAUUACCUCAAUCUUUUCUAAAUCGUUUUACUAAAGUUUAUCUACGCAAGCUUUCCACUCAGGAUCUUCUCCAUGUGGUCCAGAUGAAGUACGGAAACUACUUUGAUCAACUAAAUGAAUAUUUCUCGAAGUUAUUAAGUAAGGAAAAAGAAGGCAACCUUUUUGAGAUCUACGCAGGAAAAGAAGCUUCAAGUGAAUCAAAUUCAUUCGAUUUGGCCGCUCGUUUGGUCCGUUUUUCUGAGCAACUGGAUCGUGGAGUGCUUACCAUGGAGUUCGGAUAUAAGGGCGGUCCCUACGAGUUCAACUUACGUGAUAUUCUUCGGUGGUGCGAUCUGCUGCAUAACCCAAAAACUGGCUAUAUCUUGGCAUCUUCACCGUCAUCCUUCCAGUCUGCUUUCAAGAAUUUCUUGUUGACCCUUUACGAGAGGAUGCAGUUGGUGUACUACCAAAGGAUGCGCUGCGAUCAAGAUAAAAUGUACAUUCGAAAUGUCUUUUCAACUGUGUUCCAAUGCGAUGCCGAACAGCUAAAUCAGGUGUCGGACGAUGUGGCUCUUUAUUGGACAGCGGAUAGGGUGUAUCUUAACGAUGUGGUUUUGGAGCGAGAACAAGCCGAUGUGUUGGACUUGGUAACCCGUCAGGAGCAGGCUCCUUUGCUGCUGGACAGCCAAAGGCAGUUGCUCAAGCAAAUCGUCGAGGCAGUCCACAUGGAGAAACCCCUUCUCCUGUGCGGAUCUACGGAUAGUGGAAAAACCAAGUUGAUAGAUACCCUUUGCGUUCUGUCCAAUCGUCUUUGCAAUACGGAUAUCAUCGACGACUCCGUCACUGGAAGUUUCCAGCAGAUUGACUUGAACCGUCAUUUGGAAGUAAUUUACAAAAAAGUGGAGACGCUUGUCUUUGCCUGUGUCCAACGGGCCUUUGUCCGGCAUAUUCAAGCUGAGUUUGUGGAGCAGUUGUGGAACAACUGGAGCAAAUACAACAAGCUGGCCCAGGUAACAACAGAGUCCCAACAACACAGUGUUUUGGAUGAACUAAAAUUGUUCAGCGAACGUCUGGCAUCUUUAGGUAACAUCAUCGAAGUGCUCGAGUGCACCCCAGAGGAUUGUCAAGUGGAGGCAAUCCAGCAUCUGCCGGAAAUCAAGUCGCAGUUCUUGUUACUUCAAGCCUAUAUAAGAACAGCAGAUUCCCUUAACACGGGCGGAUCUUUCGAAUGGGUGGACUCUCAAAUUGUGACCUCAUUGAAAUGCGGCCAGUUCAUCUUGCUGGAGCAUGUAAACCUUUGUUCUUCUGCUGUUCUGGAUCGGUUGAAUCCUGUUUUUGAGCCAAACGGAAGUUUACUAAUCGCUGAGAAAGGAAUAAGUGCGCAGGAUAGUGCUGAAGUUGUUUACAAAUCAAACAAUUUCCGUGCCUUCCUAACCGUUGAUCCCAAGAACGGUGAACUAUCGCGAGCCAUGCGAAACCGAUGUGUAGAGCUCUGUUUAUCCAAAGAUUCCUACUCUGUAGAUGAUAUGCGUGCCUUUGUCCAUGAACAGGGUGUGCAUCAAACGGAGGCCAUAGAUUGCAUUCUGGGAGUUCAUAAGAGCAUAAGUCAGCUAACAGAUUUUAACAACUACACCAUAUCGCACCUCACGCAGUUCGCUUUUUUGAGCGCUGGCUAUAAGAGAAUUGGCUACCAACUAAAACGGGCAAUUUAUGUGGCCGCCAUGGAGGUUUAUGUGUACUCUGCCAGCACGGAUUUGAUGGGCUAUGGGUUGUCUUACUACCAGAACAAACUGCGCGAAGUGGUGCUGGCACAAACCGAAGACUUCAAGGAGGAUGUUAUUAUUCAGGAGGACUUUCUCAGCGAUGUCAUACUAAAUUCUGGAAACCUGAACUCUUUGACAUUGAUCAAACUUCAGACAGUGGCACUUAAAGUUUUACUCGAUGGAUCCUCAGAAACAAAUAUUCCGCAAAAGCAGUUGGGUGCUCUUUUCCAACAGAUAGAGAACCUGAAAUUGGAUCAGCUUAAUCCACAGCAACUGAUUCGCCACUUUUUGUACAUGCUCUACGAGUCUUCAGCCUUCGGGGACUUGGAAAUGAGGCAUCUAUACCUGCAACCUUGGUUGCAGAAACACACUUCCCUCCAAGAGUUUUCUGAAAAUCUUUACACUUGCCUUGAGAAGAGGAGUAAACUAGUUAAAGGAAAGUUAGUAAAUUUGCCAUGGAAUCAACAACUUUUCCCAAGACUGCGUGAUUACUCAACGGAUAAUGAAGUUUCUGAAUUAAAGCCUCUAAAUUUAAGUGCUUUGCUUCUGGCGCGCCUUGUACUCGAUGACAUUCCUGCCAAUUCAGAAAGCAGUGUACAGAAAAUGAAUGCACUGCAGUACUCGCAGGCCCUGCUCAACGAAGAAGUUACUCUAAAGUACGCCAAUGAUUUCUUAUCCAAUUUAUCAAACUUUUUGGAGGUUCUGCAUGCCACCUUGCUGGAGGAUUUGGAGGCAGUCGAUUUGGAUUUGACGCAAUAUGCAACAUUGGUGACACGUUUCCAUUGGUUUAACCGAAUUUUGGCCACGGCCCAGCAGAAGCUUCUUUACAACAAUGAGCUCUAUGUGCCGCUGAUGCACAAGCUGGUGCUGCAUUUCCAGUGGCUUGAAAAACACCUUUUAAGUCCUUUUCUUGAACUUAAUGCCGCAAAUUCCUCUGAUAGAUUGCAAUUUAUUAAAGCAACUAUUCCAAAAAUCAAAGGAUACAUCGAGGAAACAAGACGCCCUCUAAACGUAACUUGCAAAAUUUAUUCGAAACAGUUUACCCAGUUCCAGCCCUAUUACCUAGAUCAACAGAUUCAACUGCACACGGAAUUGGAUGAAUUGGAGAAACUGCUCUGUGUGGUACCCAGCUACGGCCAUUUAGAACUGUCUUCCUGGCACAAAAGAUGGCUGCUUCUUCAAUCAGAUGAGGCGAACAAAUGGCGUUCAUUCCUUCGUAGUCACACCCACGGUCUUCAACUCAAGCCCUUUGAAUUAAGUGGAUCCUUGCCGAAUGAAGCUCUGCAAUCUCGCCUUCAACGAUUACAAACAAAGUUAAAGGAAAUUCAGGAAAACAAUGCAGAAAAUGGAUUCGGUUUGGAGUUGGACCUUAAUAGUCUCAAGACGCUUUUGGAUACCGAAACGGAAGACAGUCAAUCCUACAUUCAUCCAGAUAGUAUAGCAACCAACACUCCACCACUAUUACUAGCUGCUUUGAGGGAAUUAUUUGUUGAGCGCCUAUUGCUAGGAACUCUUCGCGAGGACUUCGAUGAGCAAGUGAACCCGCUGUACACGGAUCAAUUGCUCACAUUGAACGGUAAUCUUUGGCGGUGCCUGAAAACGCUUGAAAGUGCUCCUUAUGCGGAAGUCACUAAUGCUUGGAUUGAACUAAAGAAGGAACUCAAAAAGGAAAGUCUACAUGAUCAAGAGGAGUUUGCAGCUCUGCUGUACAAGAUUGGCAGCAGCUACAAAGGAUUACGGACUUAUCAAAGGCAGUAUCGCAACUCUAUUCAAUGCUUCCAGUUAAAUAACUUAUCCACCCGGCUGGACUGUGUUCAAGGUCCUUCAGAAGAGGGCAGCGCGGUUAUAUCCAGUCAAUUUAGUUAUCAGGGACCAGCUUUAUCAGGUGUCUUUUUAUCACUGAUAUGUCAACCAAAUGGACAACUACGAUCGGUACCUCUAAGCGAGUUGCAGGAAUGGCGUUUAUCUCUGCAGCAAACACGGCACCUGCUAUGGGAGAAUUCUCAGCUAUUGAGUACCAAAUACAGCGGACGGGUAAAUAAUUUUGCGCUGGCCAAGGAAAACGCUAGUCAGUUGCUGCAAGAGCUGAAAUAUGUUAGACAUUUAAGUCAACAGAAACAGAAACCAAAUCCAGGCUUCGAAAGCUGUGCCAAAGAUCUUGAAAAAAUGCUUGCAAGUCUUCAGGAAGAACAUGUCAAUUUAGACUCCAUGACUUCAGCUUUCAAUGUUUCACUAACUAAUGCCAUAGUGGGCGCCAUAGAGCUGUACCUGCUCACAAAUGCCCCAUUGAUCGAUCCUGUAGAAAAGAAUCGCCUUAAGAAUCUAUAUAUAGCAGAGGAUAUCGAUUGCCUAAGCACUUUGUCAACCACCUAUGAUUUCAUGAAAAUUGUUAUGAAAUACCGGCACUUUGGGGAGGAGAUAUUUAGUGAACUAGAGGCCAGGCUAAAAACGGCUCACCAACGGCAGCAACAGCUUUCACAAAAGUUGGCAUUGCGUCCGGAACAGUGUCUGUAUGCUGCUUUGGUCCAGGAUAUUACUCACUUCCUGCACUCAAAUGGUGAUUGUGAAACGCUCUUUAAGUUGUUCCAGCUUAUAAGAACUGAAUGGGAUAACUUCAAAGGACCCCUUCCUGCCACAAAAGCGACACUUAAGAGCAGCGCAGAGGCUUUAGGUAAACUGGAGCUGUGGUUAGCCAAUGCCCAGAGAUUUAUCCAUCACACACUCUGUAGAUACUCUUCAUACUAUCAAGACUUUGUGGAGCCGAUAAAAUGCUCUGUGAACCAGUUGCGUUUUGGAUUAGAAUCACUUAAAGUGGUCUUCGCCAGAGCCCAGCAGGGAGGAAGUAUUUCGCUGGCCGAAGAACUGCAGCAAACCAUCGGGGAUAUAGUUGAAUUUCCAUCUCAGAAGCCACUGGUUAUAAGGAACAGCAGGCUUUAUGGAUUACUUGCCGAGCUGCCUCAUAGCGAGCAUGAGUACUUUACUUUGCUGAAAGCCAAGUUAAGAGAGCUGAGCAACUAUAUCUCACUGGGAAGUGUGAUAGAUGAAGCGACAUUUGCGGCCUACGAUGAUGCUUUGAGUAUCUGCAAUCAGACCUGGCAACAGGAGGAGCAACGUCGCUGUCAACUCAAAGCGGAGGCAGAGAGUUUGUAUGUGACCAAGACGAAGGGAGGAGUGGAUAGUGAAGAACUUAUCGAGAUGCAGGAAAUCGAGCAGAACUUCCCAACAAACUUAGACGAAGACUUUGCCGAGUUCGUGUCGCAGCCGACUUUGGAGCAGGUCCUAAAAUUGGACAAAAAAGCCAGUGCCAAGGCCAAGCAGGCACAGAUUGUGGUGGAGGAGGAUUACGCCUUUCUGGCUCGUAACUUUAUUGAAGUGAUGACACAGCAUACUCCAGUUUAUUAUAGAGAACGGCCAAAGUCAUUUAAGGAGUCGGAGCUUCAUUUGCUCGCACCCUAUCGUGCUCGCUUCCAGGUGUUUGCACACUUACAUGGUCACUAUAAGACAGCCUUGGGAUCAAAUCUGGAUGAAAAGAUCUGUAACGGAUUGGCCUUUGGACUGGCUCUGCAGCAGAAACAGCUUAAGGAUAUUGAAUUAGAGGAGGGUGUGGCUAGUUCCCCCUACGAUUUCUACAAGGACUCGAAUAUCAGUGAAAUUCAAACGUGUCUGGAUGUCAUGGAGCGGAUAGAGAAGCGUGUAAUGGAACAACUGGAGCUGUAUCCAGAGCACGCGGGACUGGCGGACAUCAAGCUAGUGAUCUCACGAAUCCGUCGAUUGCCGGCUCACGCCCCUGUGGUUCGUUUCAAUACGGGUUUCCAGCUGCUGAGGCAGAAGUUGGCUCUUUGGAAUGAAGUAGCUCACAAAAACAAUAAUCUGGUUUCGGAGGAAAUCGAGGUGGCGGAGUUUGUUCAACGCUGGACUAGGUUGGAGCUGCAGCACUGGCGUAGUUGCCUGGGACAGACAGCCGCUCAAGUGGAGCUACAGGCUUAUCGGUACUGGUUCUUUAUUUAUAAUCUGCUACAGCAGUUCCUCCACCAAAAGCAACUGGAUCAGUCCUAUACCGACAUCAAGUUUGCUGAGCAACGGUUUGCCGAGGAACAAUUGCUGGAUGCCCAGGACUUAGGAGUAGCUCAGCGCUUGGAACUUCCUCAAGUUGUGCGAAUUUUGAGACAGUUUAUGGAGGCCUCUUGUUAUGGUGAUUUCCAUAUACGCCUGCAGCUCCUUCAAGGAUUUGAGUUAUAUUUGCAUAAUGUGGAGAGAGCCGGAAAGAUUGCAGGAUUGCCUCCUCUAAUUGCAGCCUUGCAUAAUCUCCAGCUGUAUUUCUCCCAGUUUGCUGGUGAGAUUGCAGACUCUGCCAAGUCCCGACGUUCGCCCAUCGAAAAGAAACUAAAAGAAUUUGUGAAGAUUCAGAGCUAUAGCAAAGACUUGAGCUACUUCAGCAUGCGAAACAGUGUGGCCACUGUUCAUCGCAACCUGAACAAAUUUCUAAAAGAAUACCGACUGGCGAUCCAAGAGAAGAUCAGCGAGGUAUUUCAACCAAAGGAUUCCACUGCUAAGGACUACACCUUUGGCACCGACAAGGGCAAGGGCUUGAGGAACUACAAUAAGAUAAAGUAUCUGAAUACUGAACGACAACAGUUCGUGGCCAGUGAAAAGCUUCUGGAGAAGUUCGCUAUUCAGGCGGAGUUCGUUUCGGAUAAUGCUCUGCUCCAACGCUUAGACAAGCAUUUCAGGACUGCACGUCAUGUUGUGAAAGAAACUUUGGGACAUGUUCCCUAUGGCGAGCUAAUAACAGACUUGGAUGACUUGCUGGCCAGCCAGUUGGAGCGAUGUGAGCAAUUGCGUUCCUUGAACGUUGAUCGGUCCAAGGAGAGACCCCAACAGAAGCAGGAAGCCAAGCAAAUCCUUCAACAAAAGCGCAAGGCUCUCACAGAUCUCUUCAAGAUGCUUCAUAGGCUGGGUGCCAGUUACAAGGCUGGACUUUUGGAACUCUCGCUGCGCAAUGAAUUUGAGGACUUCCAGCUGCCUCCCUAUUCAAUUCGAUCCAUGUUACCCCGACUGCAUUCUACUGCUCAGCAGUUGGACGAGCAUCUGGACUUGUACUACAUGAAGAGUGUGUUCAAGUUAAAGCUAUUGCAAAACAUAAUGUUGACACCACUUUCGGAACUGGGUCCGCCUAAUAUUGAGCGCAUCAAGGGCUUUGCGGUGGAUUUGUUCCUUUUGGUGCAACAACAGCGGGAGCAGCUUUCUGGAGCCACCAAAGAGCUUCAUGAUCUAAGAAAUUCGAUGGAAAGCUUGCGAAAACUGGCUGAGAUUGUUUCACAGGCCGAGAACAAUUCGGUCACUCCGAGUUUUGUGAGAAACGCAGAUAUAGCCACGGAUAUAAAACGUAAUCUGUGCCAGAUUCAUUAUGUCUUGAAGCAGUGGAAGCUGCUGCUAAGCUGUGCUCCAAGUGCCUUCAAAGAAAGCUCCGGCAAUAACUUACUGGUGAGGACAAUUCCAUUGGCCCAAAUUGAGCUCCAGGACUUAAGUAGUCAGAUCAUAAGCAGCAGCCAUAAAUUGCUAAAUGAACUUAACACAGCUAAUUUGGAGUUCCUAUCUAUCGAGAAGUGUGAAAAUUACCAGAAGAGCUAUCAGCAAAUCUUGCAGAUCAUAGAGAAGACAUUGGAAAUUCUUCGAAUCGGUCAAAAUGAACAUCUGCCGUUGGCUCAACCACUUAUCGAGCUUUUGGCCAGCUUGCGAAUGGAAAAGCCAACUGAGAUUUCUUUAGAGAGCAUAGAUGUGGCCAAUGCGGACACAGAGUUGGCCAACAUAGCACAUAGUGUCUUAAUCUCGCUGCAGAAGAUUUAUAAGCACCACGCAAAGCCUGAUGAGGGGCAGCAAAAUGGCGAUGUAAAGACUCAGAAUGAAGAGUCUAAAGAGGCGCUGCAGGAACAGCAUCUCAAAAAAUGCCUUACUGGAGAAUUGAAUUCGGAUUGGGAACAGCUUAGCCUGCCCCGCGUGCUUGGUAAGCUUUCCAAUGUACUUCUGGUACUUAAGCACUCUAAAUACGAAGACCAGGAUAAGCUUAUUUGCGUAAGACGAGCGAUCGGUCUACUGCCCAUUUUGGAGCAGUACCAACUACUCGCGGAUUAUUUGUUCCUUCAACAGCUGGCCACUCAUAAGGUUUCCGCCAAAAUGCUAUCCAUAGUACUCACAGUUUUCGUGGAGAUUGGAAGCAAGGGCUUCUGUGUGCCUCCGGAUCUCAUGCAGGAUGAGGAGGGCCAGUCCAAGCAGGAAUCCAAGAACGGCGAGGGUUUCGGUCUAGAGGAUGGAACUGGUGAGAACGAUGCCUCCGACAAAAUUGAAUCCGAAGAUCAACUCGACGAUGCGAAGCGGCCGGAAGACCGAAAAGACGAAGGCGACAAACAGGAGCCAGACUGCAAGGAAGAAAAGGGUAUUGAGAUGAGCGACGAUUUUGAUGCCAAAAUGCAGGAUGUAGAGAAACCCGAAGAGGACGACAGCGGUGAGUCCGAAGAGGAGGAGGAUCUGAAUAAGGAAAUGGGCGAAACAGAGGAGGGAGCCGAAAAGCUAGACGACCAGAUCUGGGGCGAUGACGAAGAAGAAAAGCCUGAGGAGGAAGAAGAACCUGAGAUGAACGAGGAGGAUCAAGGUAAAGGCAGCAAGGAUGAGAAAGAUGCCCACAACGAUCUGGAUACAAAGAACGACGCGGCUAAGGAAGAUGGUAAGGAUGAGCACGAAAAGGACGGAUUGGAUGCUACCAACGAACCAAGCGGUGAAGACAAGCGUAAGGAGAAGGCUAAUGACAUUGACGACAUGAAAGAUCCCGAAUUGGAUGAGGAGCAAACAAAUGCAAUUCAUAAUGAACUGGAGGAGCCUCCCGAGCCCGAAGAAAUGGAUAUUGGCGAUAUGAAUAACGUUGAUGAGGGUCACGACGAUCAGGAGGAUCAGCCCACAGACGAGAAUCCAUUUGACAUUGAUGCGAUGAAAGAGAAUAUGCAACCACCUGAGGAGCCCGAGGCAGAUGGCGAAGAGGAGCCAGCUCCAGAGGCAGAAGGUAAUCCCGAAAGUGACGGCAGCGACUCUGAAGAAGAUGAGGCUGGUACGGAAGCAAAACCAGGUCAAGAUGACCAGGGUGAGGGGGAUGAAGCCACGCCUGAAGAAGAAGAAAAAGAAGAGGCUGAAACCCAGACACGCGGGGAAGUGGAGGAUGAAGAUGAUCCUAAGGCAGAGGAUAAUCCAGAUGAAUCUAAAGAGGAGGAGGAGAAACGCGAGGACAAGCCAGAGCAGCAUACAGAUUCUAAAGACAAAGCCAGCAAGGAGGAAAAUAUUCAGUCUAUGCCGGAUACGGAUCAGAGCAGCUCAGCGGAUCAGGUACAGCAGCCCCAGGACUCAGAUAUUAAACAGGACCAGAAACUCGAUGAACAGGAGACAGGUGAAGAGAAAGAUGGUGUCGGUCAGGCCGAGAACGAUACCAACGAUGGCGGCCAUCAGGGCAUUGCAGAGACCCAGGAGACGGUUUCCCAAGAAGAUCGUAAAAACGAAAAGCAAACGCAAGAGAAGCGCAAGCAGGGACGAACAAACGAAGAGCGGUCCUUAGGCGAAGCUGAGCAAAAUAAAUUGAAGCAACUCAAAACAAUCGACCAACUUAAAGAUUCUAAGGAAUCAGACGAAGCUGACCAGGAGAAGCCAGAUCCAUCAGAGCAAGCGGAAGCAGAGGAAUAUCAGCAUGUAAAGGAGCCUAAAAACAGCGACAAAACCACACUAGAUAAUGCCACCGAGGAGCAGUCGAAAAAGAUCCAGCACCAGGAGGAUGAGCCACCAAAAGAAGAGGAAGCAGAGGCGGAGAAUGUGGAUGAGUUGAUGGAAACCGAUGAACCAGCAGCCGAUCCUGAGGAUGACGCUCAACUUGAGCAGUUAGGUGCCGAGAAGACGGAGCAAAAGUCCGAAAAGCCCUCAAAAACCGAAAAGUCAAAGGAGCGCUUGGAAAAUCCUGAGAGUAUGGAGAUAGAAGGCGAGGUGGUGCCCACCAUGACGGUUCCUCGCAGCUCCGAAACCACAGCGCACAGCAACGCGGAAAUUCUUUUGGACAAGAGCUCGAACGCACAGGAACUAAGCUCGGCGGAACAGAUUGAGCUCCGGCAACAGUAUCAACAACAGUUGACCACAUUCCGAGGGGCACAGCCUCAGCACGAAGAUUACGAGAGCUGGCAGGGCAUCUCCAAUCGCAUGACCCAGAAUGCUCGAGAGCUCUGCGAACAGUUGCGUCUUAUCCUUGAGCCCACCAAGUGUACCCGGUUGAAGGGUGAUUACCGUACUGGACGACGAAUUAACAUGAAGAAAAUUAUUCCCUACAUCGCAUCGCAAUUCCGCAAGGAUAAAAUCUGGCUAAGGCGGACAAAGCCAGCCCAGCGCGACUAUAAAAUUACAAUUGCCAUCGACGAUUCCAAAUCGAUGCACCACAAUAACUCCAAGACGCUGACAUUAGAGGCUAUUUCACUUGUUUCGCAGGCGUUGACGCUACUUGAAAGCGGUCGCCUUAGCAUUGUGUCCUUUGGAGAGGCACCGCAGAUCAUUUUGAACCACACGGAACAGUUUGACGGUCCGCGCCUAGUAAAUGCCCUGAAUUUCUCCCAAGACAAAACCAAGAUAGCUGGUCUACUGGAUUUUAUACGCACUGCUAAUGCGGAGGAGAGUGGCUUGGGCGGAGACAACGGUCUGUUUGAGAACCUUUUGCUCGUUCUCAGCGAUGGAAGAAAUAUAUUCAGUGAGGGUGCACAGAAGGUCAAGAACGCCAUUAAGCUGGCAAGGCUACAGCGCAUCUUCCUUGUUUAUAUCAUCAUCGAUAAUCCGGACAAUAAGAACUCAAUUCUGGACAUUCAACAUGUGGCGGUUAAUUCCGAUGGAUCAGUGAAUAUCAGUUCCUACCUGGACAGUUUUCCAUUCCCCUACUAUGUGAUCGUCCGGGACCUCAACCAACUGCCACUGGUGCUUAGUGAAGCCAUGCGACAAUGGUUCGAGCUGGUUAACAGCGAAUAACUCUUUUCAAUUACUAAUUCUACUGUAUAAAUCAGAACCAAAAUUAAUUUUCAAUGACUUAUUGCGAAGUUAUAAUCAUUCAAUACCUUUAGAGCUUAAACAAUCUUUAAUAUUUGACACAUUUAGAUAUAAUGCCUAUGUAAAUAACAAGUGGUACACAAUGAAAAUGUAUCCAUUUUUAGUUUUAGCACAGAGCUUGUCUUGCUCCUAGUUACGUUUUGGAUUUAUUUGAAAAUGUUACAUAUUAUAUUUUUUCAAUUAAAAUUUGUAUAUAAACCUUA